AUGAGUGGACCGACUGGUGGGCCGUCCUUACAAUUGGACGCAUCAAAGAUGCAAUUAGUGGCCGAUUUGGAGAUAGAGAUGAUGUCCGAUAUGUAUAACCGGAUGACUCGGGCGUGUCAUAAGAAGUGCAUUCCUCCCAAGUAUAGGGACUCAGAGCUGAACAAAGGAGAGUCCGUUUGCAUCGAUAGGUGUGUCGCCAAGUAUUUGGACGUUCACGAGAAGAUCGGCAAAAAGUUGACCACUCUUUCCAUGCAAGACGACGAUAUGAUGAAGAAAUUACAACAACAACAGGACCUCACGGCCGGUCCGCAGGCCGUCAAUCCUUAG